UAUCUAAUUGGAAAUUCUUCAGCAAAGCAAGCCGGUUAUUUUUCGCAUGAAAUUAUAAUUUCAAACGAACUUUCUUUACAACUAGUCGCUGAAAUACUAAGUAUAAUACCGGUACAAUAUGUCUGAGGUCGAAAAUAAAGUCGUACCAGUGGAACAGAAAGACUACGUCGAAGAUGGAAAAAACAAGUUGAUUGUUAAAUGUAAAUUCUGUGGAUCUAAGAUAUUAGAAAAGAAAUCAGCGAAGUAUAUCACAUUAGAGAAAGAACUGCCACUAAUGCAACAAGACAACAACAGAAAGGAGGGUGAAAUACAAAAUGAGUCCGUAAAUGAGUUCUACCAUGUCGAAAACAUGUAUACAUUUGAAAAUAUUGGUUUUACGCACACUGUAGCCAAUUGCAAGUACUUAAGUUGUGCGGACUGUGACGCAGGGCCCGUUGGAUACUACGAUAUGGAAACGAAACAUAGUUAUGUGGCCAUAUCUAGGAUUGUACAUGCUUAAAUGGAUAGGUAGGAUGAAUUGGAAUCGAUGACGGUAGCGUAGUUGAUAAUUUUUGUUUACUGCUUCAUAAGCUAUGUUUCACUACUUAUGAUUGAGUUUCUAUUAGUAUAAUUUGGUGGUGUACAAAUGUUGUGUCCCUUCGUCCAGCAUACUCACCAUGGAAUCCUGAUAUUUCAUGAAUGUCAAAAAACUGUUCUGAAAUAGU